AUGCGGAAACGUGCUUUUGCCCAAGUACAACAGGAAGAUGAGGGUUCAGGGCCGACGCAGGACCAGGUGCUUGCAGGCCAGCAGCUACGAAUGUUCUUGCUUGAUAGGUUUUGCACAGGAUCCUUACCUGGAUCGGAUGUGGCAGAAUUGUGUCACUAUGUGACACGAGCUGGAGGUACUGGUGUGGCUACUUGGGCCCUGAAUCCCGAGCAAGCCGCUCGUCACGGGUUUGAGCAUAUCAAAUUACAUGCUGGAAAAGAAUAUCCUGAACCGGAUCUUGACUACGUGACUGUGCCUUUGUUCGAGAAACGGCAGUCUCGACGAGUGGCAGAAAAAGUGCCCAUCAUGCUUCCUUCGACACUCUUUAGAAAGUUCGCGGAGGUGCCCUCGGCACAAAGCAAGGACGAAAUCAACUUCCGAAAGAUGCUUCAGAAAUUGCCCUGCUACGACAAUCACCCUGUUGUUCAAAGGGCCCGAGCUGCUGGAAACACGGAACUUGUCCGGCCCAUCGCUCUUUACUGGGAUGGGGUCCGCUACUCGGUGCACGAUUCUUUCACUGGCUUCUACGUGACUGAUAUCUUAUCCGAGCAGAAGUUCGUUUCCUUUCUGCUUCGUUCUGAAGACAUGUGCCGCUGCGGCUGUCGCGGCUGGUGCACCAUCUUCCCGCUGCUGGAUGCCUGGGUGCAAGAUCUGGAGAAGCUGCAAGCAUCGCUGAAGUAUUGUGUGCUUGACAUCCAGUGCGAUUGGCCGGCUUAUUUGGAAAUCAUAGGGGGCAGAUUCUGGAAUCACAACAGCCACCCGUGUGCCCUUUGCCGUAUUUCGCAAGAUGACAUGACUGCCGACAAUGUGCACAGCAUUACCCUGGACAAUGUGGGCCACUUGGUGUACUCGUCGGAAGACUACAACAACGACAUCGGCAUGUUCACCAGGGAAAUUCUUGUGGAUACGGCGGAGAUGCUGCGAACGAUUGCCAGAAAUCUUGAAUACAGCCGACUAGAUCGUGGACGACAUCUCACUGCAGACUUGCCCCGCUACGGCCUCCGCAAGAACUGGAGACUCGAGCCCAGCCGCCGGCUUCCAGAUGUCAGCCAGCUGGAAUACCAAGGGGUUACACAGGAUAGUUGGUCAAUUGAUAUUAUGCACGCCUUGCACCUCGGACCCAUGCAGCAGUUCAUAAGCCUGGCUAUGCAUAGUUUCAUUGCUUCGGGUGUGUUUUCACCCCGCAGUGUGAAUAUAGAAGCUUCAGAACUUCGAGAACUGGCCCUUUUGGCCAUCAAAGCCGAGCUCUUUCAAUUCUACAAGAACCUGAGAUCUACCGACCAAAGGUGGCGAGAGAAGGGAUCCGAGGUCUGGAACUUGACUAUGGGCAUGAUUGGAAAUGAGGAUACCUACAACUUGUCGGCAAAAGCAGCUGAGUCGCACGGUCUUCUUAGAUUCGUCCUCUGGCUGCUGCACAAGUACGCCGAUGAAUUCGCCAAGCAGCCGGAUGAACUGGCUCGCAAGUUCGCACUCUUGACGGCUUGUGCAGAAGCUGCCCAUGCCAUGGACGAGCUGCUGGAGUUGGAAUUCCGACAGUUCACUCGACAACAUUGCCAGGCCCUGCUGCAGCUGUACCUACGCUUUUUAACGCUUUACUUGAAAGCAGGCGGUGUAUGGAGGCCGAAAUGUCAUCUUCUUGUGCACAUGAUUCAGCGGGCUCUUCACCGAGGGAAUCCGCGAUUGUACUCCACCUAUCGUGACGAAAGCUUGAAUGGAGUCAUAGCCAAGAUUGCUCGUUCUGCUCAUCGCAGCACUUGGUCGAAUGUGAUUCACUGGAAAUGCAACUUUCUUCAGCAAAAGAAGCUGGAGGAUCAUGCUGCAGAGGGCUAG